CGGCCGCCCCGGGGACGCCGACGCCAAGGGCCCUUGGCCAGGGCAGGGACCCGGCCGGCCUAGCCAGUUCUGACAGCCCCAUGGCCCCAGCUGGCCUCUGAGCCCCACCAUGGGCGGCUUGUACUCGGAGUACCUGAACCCCGACAAGGUCAAGGAGCACUACAAUUACACCAAGGAGACGUUGGAGACGCAGGAGACACCCUCCCGCCAGGUGGCCUCCGCCUUCAUCAUCCUCCUCUGCCUCGCCAUCGUGCUGGAAAACCUGCUGGUGCUGAUCGCUGUGGCACGCAACAGCAAGUUCCACUCCGCCAUGUACCUGUUCCUGGGCAACCUGGCCGCCUCAGACCUCCUGGCGGGCGUGGCCUUCGUGGCCAACACCUUGCUCUCGGGCCCCAAGACGCUGGGGCUGACUCCCGUGCAGUGGUUCGCCCGCGAGGGCUCUGCCUUCAUCACACUGUCGGCCUCCGUCUUCAGCCUCCUGGCCAUCGCCAUCGAGCGGCACGUGGCCAUCGCCAAGGUCAAGUUGUAUGGCAGCGACAAGAGCUGCCGUAUGCUGCUGCUCAUUGGAGCCUCAUGGCUCAUCUCGCUGGUCUUGGGCGGCCUGCCCAUCCUCGGCUGGAACUGCCUGGGCCACCUCGAGUCCUGCUCCACCGUCCUGCCUCUGUACGCCAAGCACUACGUGCUGUGCGUGGUGACCAUCUUCUCCAUCAUCUUGUUGGCCAUCGUGGCGCUGUACAUCCGUAUCUACUGCGUGGUCCGCUCGAGCCACGCCGACGUAGCAGGCCCGCAGACAUUGGCCCUGCUCAAGACGGUCACCAUCGUGCUGGGCGUCUUCAUUGUGUGCUGGCUGCCUGCCUUCAGCAUCCUGCUUUUGGACUAUGCCUGUUCUGUCCGUGCCUGCCCGGUGCUCUACAAAGCCCACUACUUUUUCGCCUUUGCCACCCUGAACUCGCUGCUCAACCCCGUCAUCUACACAUGGCGCAGCCGGGACCUGCGGCGGGAGGUGCUGCGCCCACUGUGGUGCUGGCGGCGGGCGGCAGGGGUGCCCAGGCGGCGGGGAGGGACCCCAGGCCACCUCCUGCUGCCCCUCCGUAGCUCCAGCUCGCUGGAGAGGGGCACACACAUGCCCACAUCGCCCACGUUUGUGGAGGGCAACACAGUGGUCUGA